UUCCUGCACGGUAAAGUCUCGGAUUGUCUUUGUGUGUAAACAGAAGCGCCCCCUGCAGACGGACUUGCCCCACUGCUGCUGCUCCUCCUCCUAUACUCUGCUGUCUGACACCGCGGCUCCUCAUUCACUAGAAGAUGGCGGACUGCGCUUCACUGUUAGAUGAGGAACUCUCGUCCUUUGUCUUCAGUUACCUGACAGAAAACUCGGGCAGUCAGUAUGGGGAGGAGGAGGUGUGUUCGGACCGUUUGGACACCGACUUCCCGGACAUUGACCUCUCCCAACUGGACGCCAGUGACUUUGACAGUGUCAACUGUCUCAGCGAACUUCAGUGGUGCAGUGACCAGCCAGCAGAUGCCUCACCAGCCUCCAUCCACUACAGCACGGCAGAUGAGCUCUUUGAGAUAGAAGAGGAGAACGCGGCUCUGCUCGCCGCUCUGACCGACAGUUUGGAUGGCAUUGUGGAUGCUGAGGUGGGCGGGCUCUCUGUAUUCCCUGUCCUCGGGGAGGAGCAUGACCGGGAAGAAGUAGAAGAAGAAGAAGACAAUCUUCUUCUCAGCGCCGAGGACCUAAGUCAGUCCCGGGGGGCUGAGACAGAGGACCCAUCUCUUCUGAAGAAGCUGCUGCUGACUCCUCCCAAUGUGCCCACAAGCAUCGAUGCACAUAAAGACAGAGUCCAUGGUCAGCGCUAUAGCAACAGAAGCUUGCACCUUCGGCCAGUCAGACCUCUAGUCAAGAGUGACUUCCAUCAGAAACCUCGAGCUGUGCGUCCACAAGGCCGUCUGUGCACGGAGCUCCACCGCCACCUCACCACUGCUCAGGACUCUGAGGACACCCUGGUCCCAGACACAGAGGAGGAUGAAGAGGAAGAAGAGGAUGAGGACAGUGAGUCAGAGGAGGAUGAAGAAGAGGAAGAGGAGGAGUCUUCCAGCAGUGAGGUCGAGGGCGUGGCCGUCAUAGCAGCUGUCCCCCCUGAGCCAGCUAAGCCUCAGUUCAGCUCAGAGAAAGAACUGAAUUCAGUGGUGGAGCUGAUCACAUACAUGCACACUUACUGCUUGCCCUCACGCAAGCAGCAGGGCUGGGAGCGUAAGGACCGGGACCUCCAUAGGUCUCGGGCCAGACCUGAAGCCCCCCGUCUGGCCACCAUAAACUCUCACAGCAGAGUUGUCCUGGUGGCUCCUCCUGGAACCAGUGUGGGCUUGACUGGGACAGGCAGCAGUGUCCCAAGGAGGCUUCCCUUUGCGAUGCGAAGGGAGAUAAAGGCCAACUCCCUGCUCCGUGAGCUCCUGCAGCAGAGUAGCUCGUUUGAUGUGAGCAAGCCUUACAGACUGCACAGCCCUCCCUACUCCCACAGCCCUAACGGAGGAGGAGUGUCUGCUCCUUUUGUCCCAGCUAAAUCAGCCGCAGCCCACUCCCCAAACUCCACCACCCCUAAAGUGGAGCUUCAUAAGGACUUUUCCUUCCCUGAGAGGGCAAACUCCUCAUCUGAGGUGCCUCAAAGCCAGCAGGAGACAGCAGUGGAGGGUGGCUCCUUCUCAGUUCGGCGCUCCCGACGUCUGGCCUCCUUCCCCAGCCGCUUCGCCAAGAGGCUGUGGUCUGGACGGACAAAGGAAGGAGAGGAGAAGGGCAGAGAGGAGAAGCAGGAGGGACAAACGGGGGUAAAACUCCUGCCAACUCAAGCAGGAGGGGGAACAACGACAGAGUUGCAGCCAGAGCAUCUAAUGUCGGGUCAUGACGGCAGCGCAGAGCCGGCCAAACCCUGCUGCCACAAAGAAAAGCGAGCUUGCCUCUGUCUGCCCCUCAACUCCAAGUCCACAGGCAGAGAAUCCCAGUACAGCAGCAAGCCUUUUGAGCAGACAUUGACUGUGGAUCUGUGUGGAACGGCAGGUCUGACCCCUCCCACCACCCCCCCUCACAAACCAGUGGAGGACGAACUCUUCAAACCGGCAGAGGGACGAAAAGGUAGUGGUGGUGACGGUGGAGGAGGUGGCAGUGAGUCUGUACCCCCAACUUCAAACACCGCAAAGAGCUCAGCCUGGCUGAGUCGCUCACAGCACCAGCGUAAGCUUCCAGAGCAGACUGAGCUGUAUGCCCAGCUACGGCGCAUGGGCCAGGCCGGAGACGAUGACACCCACUUUAACUUUGGUGACCACGACUACUGUGCACUGAGCCUCGGGGAGAGACGCAAGCGUAGCACUGCCAUGUUUGGUGCCAUGCUACAGGCACAGGGGGGAAGUGAUGGAGUUAGCAGCCUAACAUCUAAAACAACUGACAAUCAGAAAUCGGAUGGGAAGGGCAAGGAGAACGGGGAACAGCCACCGGUGUCUGAAGUCAAAGAGCUGCUUGAGAAGCAGACAAUGACCGUUGUGAUAUCAUCAUCGCCGCCAUUAGAAUGCCAGCUGGCAGCUGCUACAACGCCAAACUCAGAAGAAGAGGCGGACUGCUCGCCUGUGUCUCGCUCACCCUCACCCAUCCUCCACCUGUGUCCUGACUCCCCCGCCAGCAAAACAGACUCCAGUGAGAACUCGGAGGUCUGUCAUGACGACAAGCAGAGGAACAAAGCCAAGUCUGAUGAGGACAACUGCCAGGUGUUUUAUAUCCACAACCUGCCAACCAGCGUGACCCAGAACAUGCUGAGGAAACGUUUCCAGGUUUUUGGCAAGACAGAGGACUGCAAAGUCAUCAUCUGCAAUGAGGAGCGCUGUGGGGUGAUAAAGAUCCGCCAGCCGGGUGGUCAGAGGCACUGGAAAGAAAGAGAGACUGUUUUCCUGAAUGGAACGGCUGGCAUAAGGAGGCUAACAAGGAAACGCUACAUAGAUCUUGAUGAGGCAGGUCCAGGACCCGUCAAGAGCAAGUAUGAUGCACUGGACUUUGACACUCUGCUGAAAGAGGCCCAGAAGUCCAUGCACCGCUGAUAGCACAGCACCCUUGACUGGCCAGCCUUAGUAAACUGCAGCAACACCCCUCCAAUGACGCGGCUCUGCACCUCAGACAGGCCUCUCAGUACCUCCACGCAAGGCAACCUCCCGAAAUGUUUACAUUUUUACCAUUGGAAUAAAGUAAUGAUAAGGACCUUGUUUUUUUUUUCUAAGUUUCACCGGAGGAUACUGCUUAAAAACGAGGAAGCCACUGGGAUUCCAGAGGAGCUAACAGGCAAUGGAGGAACAGCAAUGGUCCAACAAUAACAAAGCUGUCUGUGUUGGAGACAUUAUCGCCUCGCCUUCAAAGAGCGGGCAUGAGAGACCUCUGUAGCAAAUCCUUGCUAUUUUUGUGUUGCGUUGAUCGUUGUGGCGUGUGUUUCUGCGUGUGCGUGUUCUUUGUCCUGUUUUUUUUUUCUUUAAACAACAAGCCUCCCUCUUUCUUCCAGUCGCGGUUGGUGAACCUGCAAGCUAUGUUUGCCAUUGAAGAAAUAUAACUAUAUAAACAAACAAAAAAAAUCCUGCUUUCUUUUAGUGAAAAAAUGUGGAUGUUAUAAAUUUUAAAAUCUAUUGUGUGUGCAUUAUGGACAAAGAAUAUAUAAAAAACAUUUAAUCAUUUAAUGACUGAUAAAGUUUACAAAUCUAAAAUGAAGAAAAAAAAAUCAUGUUUUUUUUCUGAGGGGGGGGGGGUUUGUAAUUGUAGUGCUUCCUUGAUUUGAUCUAUGCACUGUAAGGAGGUAAAUGUCUCUGCUGCCCUCCACUUUCCCACUUUUGACUCUAACUCUGCCAUGCUGACUAUUUUGGCUUCUGCUACUGGCUGCGGCAGGCUCUGUUUGGGAAGCGUUUCAUUCAUGAAGAUUUUGACUGGGCCUGGGGAAAAUUUCACCUCAGAAUUGUUCCUAACCCAUGCAAACUAAAAUUGACCUCAAAAUAAACUUAAAUAAGAUUCAGAAUGAGUUCCACUUUGUCAAAAUUCGCAAGGAAGUUUAAAGUCUGACAGAAUUUCAGAAGCUAUUUACAGGCUACAUUAAACCAUCCUAGAGACUCUUCCUAGAGAAUCUAGUUCUAUGAUGCCAAAUUGUAUAGGACCAUUGAUGUCAGACACUUCAUAAAGUUAUCUGGCGUUCACAUGGUUUCAGUAUUUAAAUUGCUUCUAAAUUACAAAAAAAACAAUGUUAAAUUUCUUCACAUAAAUCAAAACUAUCCACUGAACAAAGGGAUUGUUUACAAAUAAAAAUGUGCAAGCUUCAUCGGUUGAUUCCAGAAAAUUUUUUCCGUGUCUAGAUGGGUCUUGAUGUAUGUUUGAUAGGGUCCCACUGAACAUGUGUCCUAUAAAGGCUGCAGCCUAAUGACACCGCCCGAAUGCCACAGCUAAUGCAACAGUUACUGUUUACAUUUGGACUGCAGCAAGCAAGACUAAAAUGGGGAAAUAAAGUUGGUAGCCAUUGGCGCUUUCAGUAAUGAACUCAGUAUAACUUUGUGACAUCCACUCUUUGUCCAGAUCGUCCAAGUUCAGUCUUUUCUUUCUUUUUCUUUUACAUAAAGUCCAUCAGUCAUUACACGUUGUAAAUGGAAUAUUUAAUUAUUUGUAUUGGCUGGGAAUCCUUUAUUCCUGCUGACAUAAGCACUUGACAUUGGGUUUCAAAUCCACUUUUGGAAUAGUUGAAUCUGCCAGUUCAAAUGGAAUGUAUUCAAGAAUCUGAAUGUAUUGUAUGCAUCGUGUUUUCCCCAUUUUUGCUUGCCCAAAGAUUGUGGAGCUUUUUGGUGCUUUAAAAAGGUAGAUUUGAUUACUCAUCCAGUCGACUGCAUCUGACUGGCUGAAGGUGCAGUCCGAGUAGCGCUUAAUUUACAUUCCUGACACAGCCAGUAGCAGCCACUGUGAAGGGGGAGAAAGCCUCCAAGCCUGCCAGUCGGGUGGGACCAUGCCACCACCUACAACACAGUCAGGGAAUGAGCAAGGAAUUGGCUUGAAAGUAAUGAAAAGUUUCAUUCGAGAAUCUGAUUCUCGUCUGGGAGGUACUGUAUCAGCUGAGCAUCUCUACCUCACAGCCAUCCCUUUGUUUUUGUCAGAACUGUUCUCGGUAUGAGGUUUCCCCAGCUGAAGGAUGGUCAUGGGUAGUUUAGAGGUUUGUGUUUCACUUUUUAGUACUACAGCUCUCUCUACCACAGAGCCCCUUUGAGGGUGAUAAUUUCUCUCUUUCUCUAACUCCUUCGCUUUUUACCGUGUCUGUUUCUUGGAGUCUCGACUUUGUGUCCUUGUGUAACUGAGUGUUUUGUCUUUGUCUUGUGUUUGAGUCGGACACUUCUGUUGCUUGCAGGUCAGUUAGGAGGGGACGGGAGGAGUUGAACGGUGGCUUGGUGGUUGGUUGGUCCUUGAGUCUGUUUGGAGGGGAAGAUUCCCAAUCUUCUCCCUUGCCCUCAUUUUCUUGUUUUCUUCAGGGACAUGCCAUUCCUACUGAUUUACUCAUUCCUCCUCUCUUUUCCCAGGAAUUUCAAUGAGAAACGCAGUCUGACUUAUCGCUUUCUGUCACUCAGUGGGCUCAAGGCCUUGUUUCCAGGUCUUCCCCAAACCCUGGUACACUCAUCACCUUUUAACAAAGAGUUCCUCUUUACCCCAUCCUCUUCCUUGUAAAUCUAAUCAACUCCUAGGUAACACACAAAAUACUGAAUGUUUACAUCACUCGAUUCUCCUUUGACUUUAUUAGGAACGCACACUAAGUACAAAGGCUUAUUCAGUAAAACAUAGCAGCAAGUGAAGUGGUCUCUGUCCAGGCUCACUGAUGUCCAAAACUAACAACAACAGUUUAGGCCAUACAAACUGAUUGAAACAAGGUGUCCAAAAGGAGAAAAAAACAACAACCAAUCUCAAAAGAGCUGAAUGAGUUUUUGUGCUUAGUAUGUAUACUACUAAAAAAGUGAGAGAAUGCGCUGGUUUACAUGUUAAAAAAGAAAAUAAUAUAUGAAUAUAAAAUGUGUAUAUAGCACUAUGCCUCGUAAACAUAAAAUGUAAUGUGUGUUUUUUUUAAUUUUUGUUUGUUUUUAAAGGUGGCGGGUCACAGUCCAUCGCUAAUCAGACAGGAGAUGGUCAGGUCGCUUCUGUUCCAACCAGUUCAUGUUUGUUCAGUACAGGGAGAAAAUUAAGGGAUUAAGUUUCACAUAAAGUCCAACACUGUUGUAAAAGAAAGACAAAAAUGAUCCCUUUAGACUAUCACACUAGAAGGUUUGAUUCCUGUGCUGUUUAUGAAAUUACUAAAUAUUUUUAAUGUUUCAUUUGUGUUUUCUUGAAAAGCAAUUUGAAAUGCAAUACUUAAUAAUAAUAAUCUUAUCUUUACAACAGCCUUUCCAAAAAAAUUGAGGUAACAAUGUACAGUGUAAGGUUGGUUGUUGAACUACAACACUUUGAGCUGCAGAUUCAGUAGGCUGCUGUAUUGUAUGUAGACUGCUGUUUAACACACACACACACACACACACACACACAAAAGAAAAACAAACUGCAGGAAGAAUGUGGUCAGCUGUGUCCUAAACACAUACAAAACAAGUUGUAUUAAUAUACUCUUGCACAAAUAAGGUCCCAAGUAGUGAAAUAUCACUACAAUAUUUUCUUCUUAUUGAAAGGAAGCUGUUGUAACUAUUUUACUACAACAUUUUGAUGGUGCACAGGUUUGUUCGAAUCUCAGUUGCACUGAACACUGACUUGUAUUACAGCUCAUAACUAUACACAUAUAUGUCUCUGGUAAAGGAAUGUGGGAGGGAGGAAACGA